AGGAGCAAGGAGCGCUCCUAAGGAUAAUCGCAGGUGGCUCGGAGAAUCACAAUCUGCCGAGGAGACACCGUGUGGACAGCCGUCUUUUGUGCUUCACCGCCCGGCUUCUGUCUCCGUUCACAGUACACAAUCUACAGUCUCUAAAGACCGUGCGUAAUCGUUUGGCUGUCCAUGGUUCAAAAUGCGGUCCCUCGCCCUCCUCAUCCUCUGCUACCUCCUGAACCUCGGGGCCAGCGGGCAGCGCCAAUGCACCGAGGGGGACUACUACUACGAGUACACCGAAUGUGACAGUACGGGGGUGCGCUGGAGAGUGGCCAUCCCCCAGAGUCCAGGCUCCUGCUCCGGACUGCCCAACCCUGUCAAAGGCACUGAGUGCACAUUCUCAUGCCAGGCGGGGCAAUUUCUGGAGAUGUCGGCUCAGGAGUGUACGCCCUGUGCGGCCGGAAGCUUCUCACUGGGCAGUGGGGUGAGGUUCGACCAGUGGGACAGUCUGCCCGCAGGCUUCAGCAGUGUGGCCUCCUCUGGGGACAGCAGCACACACGUGGCCGACAACCUCAGCUGCAACAGUUCCGUAUGGCUGCCACAGGGGACGUACCUGGAGUCUAGCAGAGAUGAGUGCACAGUGUCUCUGAUCUACGCCGUUCACCUAAAGAAACAGGGCUCAGUCAGCUUUGAGUACCAGUAUCCUGACCGCAACCUGCUCUUCCAGUUCUUUAUCCAGAACGACCAGUGUCAGGAAAUGGACCAAACGGCCGACACCAAAUGGCUCAAGCUCACCAGCCACGGAGAAUGGGCGUCUCACACGGUGAACCUGAAAUCUGGCACCAAUAUCUUGUACUGGAGGACGGGUGGAGUGGUGAUGGGCAGCAAGGUGGUCAAACCAGUGUUUCUGAAGAACAUCCAAAUUGAAGGAGUGGCCUAUACCUCAGAGUGCUUCCCCUGUAAACCUGGGACCUUCAGCCGAGUCCCAGGGUCUUCUGCCUGUGAAGCCUGCCCACGGGACACCUUCUCUGGGCACGGGGCCAGCUCCUGCACCCCCUGUAACACCACCACCCACUAUGCAGCUGAGGGAUCAUCCAAGUGCAAAACCAGACUUCCUUGUUCCAAAAAGGACUACUUUCAGCUCCACACAGCCUGCGAUCACGAAGGAAAGACCCAGGUGGUGUAUAAGUGGAUGGAGCCAAAGAUCUGCCUGGAUGAUGUUCCUGGAGCGGUGAGUCUGCCCCCUGGUGGAGAGCGUGAGCCUUGCCCACCAUGUAACCCCGGUUUCUAUAACAACGACACAGCCACCUGCUCCCCCUGCCCCUCGGGGACCUACUCGGAUGGGAUGAAGCCGUGUGCAAAGUGUCCCGCAGGCACAGAGCCCACCCCGGGGUACGAGUUUAAAUGGUGGAAUGUCCUGCCUCCAAACAUGAAGUCCACCUGUUUCAACGUGGGCAACUCUAAGUGCGACCUGAUGAACGGCUGGGAGACGGCCGGGGAGUAUGUCCAAAGUGGGGCUGGAGCUUCGGACAAUGACUAUUUGCUCCUCAACAUCCGCAUUCCAGGCUUCAAACUUCCUACGUCCAUGUCGGGGCAGUCGUCCUCAGAGUACGGCCGCAUCACAUUUGAGUUUGAGACGCAGUGCACCGCCGACUGUGAGCUCUACUUCAUGAUGGACAUAAAUCGUAAAAGUACGACGGUGGUGGAGUCCUGGUCCAAAACCCAGAACAGACGGACCUACUCCCACGUGAUGAACCAGAAUGCAUCAGUGUCCUACACCUGGGCCUUUCAGAGGACCAACCAGCCCUCUGAGUCUCGUCUCUUUGUGAACGACGUAGCCAGGAUCUACUCCAUUACUGUGAGCAACGCCAUAGACGGAGUGUCGUCACGGUGCCGCGCCUGUGCCCUGAGCUCCUUGAGUCCUCUGCCCUCUACCUCCAGCUCAGCCUGUGUGCCCUGUCCUCCCGGCCACUACAUCCACCCGGAAACCAGCCAAUGCACAGAGUGUCCUCAAAGCACCUACCUGCUCCCCCACGCCACCCCCGGGCCAGACGCCUGCAAGCCCUGUGGACCGGGGAGCAAGAGCGACAAGGACCACAGCCAUUGCUUUAGUGACUGCCUCUUCACCCACACUCAGGGAAACUUGAGCAGGACCUACGAGCUGAAGGACCUGGGGCCAGUGGGGGUCCUCAUGAACGGCCCCAGCUUCACCUCCAAAGGAACCAAGUACUACCACCUGUUCAACAUCAGCCUGUGCGGAGGACAGCUGGCCGAAUGCAAAGACAACGUGACUGACCUGUCUCUGUACGAGUCUCAGGGAGGCAAACCUGAGGGGAGCACUUCUGUUAAAGCCUUCAUCUGUCAAUCAACCAUCAUCCCGGCCAGUGGGCGGGGCUUCCACACCUCCCUCUCUUCUCAGUCCAUCACACUGGCUGAUGCCUUCAUCGGAGCCACAGUGGAGAGGACACUGGGGGACAUCACAGCCCGACCGGACCUGUUCCCAGAGGCCUCCAACAAAGUGCCUGAUGUCAACUUCUACUACAGGUCUUCGGAGGCCACAUCCUCCUGUGCAGCCGGCCGGAGGGUGGUGGUUCAACUCCGCUGUAACCCCAACAAGAGCGCUAAAGGAGAGAUCUCUGUGCCCAGUCUGUGUCCUGCUGGGACGUGUGACGGCUGCACCUUCAACUUCUUAUGGCAAAGCUCCUCCGCCUGCCCUGUCUGCUCUGCCAACGACUACCACCAGAUAGAGGGUGCCUGCAAAGGAGGGCAACAGGAGGUAGUGUCUGUGUGGAGCGAGCCCCGGGUGUGUGUGGGUGGUGUAGGGCUGCCUCAGAAGAGGACCAUCCCCUGUGAGAGUGUGGAGAUGUGGGUGCAGCUCGGGGGAGGACUGGGUGCGCUCACAGCCCUGCUCCUGGUCUCCCUCACCUGCUACUUUUGGAAAAAGAACAAGAGACUGGAGUACAAGUAUUCGCGUCUGGUGAUGUCGGCCAAUAAGGAGUGUGAGCUGCCCGGAGCAGACAGCUGCGCCAUGAUGGAGGGAGACACGGAGGGAGAGAUGGAGGAUGAGGUGCUGUACUCCAAACCCUCACUCAUUGGGAAACUCAAAGCCCUGGCAUCCAAGGGAAAUGGAGACAGCUAUGAAAAUGUACAACUCAACUCCUCUCACUCCAAAGCUCUGGUGUGGAGCUAGACCUUUAAGAACUACACACCUGCACCGAAGAGCCCACCUCCUCAGCUCCGCCUCCUGCUGACCUGUGGGCCCAAUCACAAGCCUCCUACCCACAAUGCACCAGGAGCAGAGCCUAGAUCCUAAAUGGUGGCCUUAUAGACUGCACUAUGGCCUGUGAGUUAGCAUGGGCACGCGAGGCUGUACUUCCCACUGAUACGAUGGAGAGAGAGGUGGGGUAGUUUGGAUCAGCUCAGGGUACGAUACGGAUAUGAUAUUUAUGUAUGUAUUUGAUUCAUGGUUAAAAUGGUGGGGUUUGUCAUAGAUUUAUCAGUAAACAUCGUUCAUAAUGCAUUUUCAAUCUUGUUAUUCGCUUUUGAGUUUUAAAUGGUCCAUAUUACGCUAUUUUCUGAGUUAUGUUAUAAUGUUUCCUCAUCCCAAACAUAUCUAGAGUUGUGUUUUGUUAGGUUGUGGUGUUCUCUCAAACUGAAAACACUCUGUUCCACCUUAUGAUGUCAUUAAGUGGUAAUACAGGACCUUCACUAGAAUCAUUUGGAUGAUUUCAGUCCUGGAAUUGCCAAUUUCUACAGAACAAAAGGUAAAAGGAGCUGUUAACUUGAAAACUACUGCUUCAUGAGAUCACAAGGUGGAACAGACCAUUUUGAGCUUUGGAGAUGUAGACAGACUAAUAAUACAGGAUUACUCAAAUGUUUGAAUGAAACAAAACCCAUCUCUGUUUUUGAGGAGGUAACAUUAUAACAUGGCAUAAAGCUCAAAAGAGUCAAAUGUAUGUAAUAUAGGACAUUUAAAAUGGAAUUCCAGUUCAUACAAAUUGAGAAAAGGAUGUCAUGUAUGUUUUGGGCUGUGCUGUUGACUGUGUCUAUGUCAAAUAAAAGAUAUUUAUUU